AUGUCCUCCACGGUUUCCCUAGGCCGACCCUGGCCUCCCUCUCCCAGUGUUGAGGAUGAAUGCGAAUCCCUCUCCCGCGAAAUCCUAGACCCAUUGGUCUUAAACAUAAUGUUGAAUAAUGAUACCGUCGUCCCGAAGGGAACUGUAGAUCAGUAUCCUCUCAUCCUCCCCUCUGACAUCGUUACUCCAUGCUCAACACCAACGGACAAAUGUGGAAGUCCCAUCGACCCGAAAUCUGCAUGCAAAUCACCCAACGGAAAUAUCGACCUUGCAAUUGCUCAAUCUCUUCCCAAUACCAGUCGAGCUUCUGGUAGAGAACAUGAGUCGAGUGUCUCUACUCCGCCUUCCUUUCAUCAUCAGACAUCCAAACCCAAUAAUGUGCCAUCGGAAUUGCCCAUCUAUCACGAAUCAAAUAUAUCUUCGGGGAUUCCAGAUGUUCUUCAGCCUCAUGGAUGGUCAGCCAUCAACCCGGCUGACUCACUUCACCAAAAGCCAGGCCUAAACAGACACUUCUCUGAAGGGGAUGAAAAACUUGCCUUCUGCGGAACAACAGUCAGCGGAACAGAAUGGCCCAGUGAUGAUGAAUUACGGACGUCCCACGGUGCCAUAAACGGUCGGGAGACCCUAAGCAACACCGUCCCGAUCAAGAAAACGAAAAGAGUGAAUUUUCAGCUUCCCGAUGAACCUCCUGAGGAAAGAGUGUCACUGGAGGCCGAGCUUCCCCUGGAGCAUGAGUUUGAGCUUCUUGACGGACCCACAACGGAAGUUUAUACUUCCCGCGGUUCAAGCAAGAUUACACAUACCUUGCCCAUCCUCAGCCACUAA